AUGGAGCAUUAUCUCAAACGUGAGUGUUUGUGGUCAGUGGUUGAGUCACCUCCAGCCCAGCUCGGCAAGGAGGACAUGAUAAAGGACGAAAAGGCAAUGGCGAAUAUCAUACUGAGUGUGGGAGACAGCCAGUGGAACCAUCUGUCGGUUAAGAACAUGGCUAAAGCUGCUUGGGACUGUUUAAAAGCAGUUUACGUGCAAAGUAUUGCUGACUCCCUUAUCGCAAUUAUUCGGCGGUUUUACAGAACAGUAAUGAAGCCGGGGGAGUCUGUAAGAGCACACUUAAAUGCCCUGGCACAAUGUUGCCAUGAAUUAAAGCAGAGAGGGAAGACAGUGUCAGACGAAGAUAAAGUCAACUUAAUCCUCAGCUCACUGUCGGUUGAAUAUAACAUGCUUGUAAUUUCGCUUGAGACAGCUGAGACAAGCAAAUUAACCUUGGAGUACGUAACAGGCUGGCUGAUUGCGGAGGAACAACAUCUGCAGGAGUCUGGUUAUCUACCAGCUUGUCAGAGUUCCAUACUGGGGGAGACAGCAAAAGAAGUUGCCAGCAAGGAAUCGUCAACCACAAAUCGACUUGGUGAGGUGUUGGAGGUUGCCCUGAGGAAAUGUUUGGUCACUCAAAUGCUGCUGGAACUGGUGUGGCUGGUAAUGGUGCCAUGUCCCAUAAUAUGUGAGAUGAAUUCCAUCAGCUACACCAUGCACAAUGAUCCUUUUCCUAUUCAUCACAAAUUUUAUCAAGCAGGAGAUGUACUCAUUGGUGGGAUCCCCACUCAGGCUACAUUCACAAAUAACCUCCUGUCUUUCACGGAGCACCCUGCACGAAUGGUGAUUAGCGACCCUGCGUCAAUAACAAAACACUACCAGCAUAUCUUGGCCUUGGCAUUUGCUAUAAAAGAAAUAAAUGAGAAUCCCAGUUUCAUAUCCAACAUCAGUUUGGGUUUCUACAUCCUCAACAGUAAUGACAUUGGAACAAUGACCUAUAGAGUCACUCUCUCCCUAUUUUCCGCAUACCAUAAGCUGGUACCCAACUUCAGCUGUUCUGCACAAAAGAAACUUAUAGCUGUCAUUGGAGGGCUUUUCUCUGAAAUCUCUGCUAAUAUUGCCACCAUUCUGAACAUCUACAAAACUCCACAGAUCCAUAGCUUUUUAAAGAAUAUCUUCUUCAAUAAUAGUGCUGGAGAUAUUGUGUGUUUUGAUAAAUACAAUGAAUUAGUUACAGAUUUUGAUGUUACUAACUGGGUAACCUUCCCCAAUGGCUCAUUUGUUAGAGUCAAAGUAGGAAGACUGGAUCCUCAUGCCCCUCCAGGCAAUGAACUGAGUCUUAAUGAUGCUCAGAUUGAGUGGCACAGAAGUUUUAACCAGGGGCUGCCUCUAUCUAUGUGCAAUGACCACUGCCUUCCUGGCUACAGCAAGAGAAAGAAAGAGGGAGAGAAAUUUUGCUGCUAUGGUUGCUCUCCCUGUCCAGAAGGGAUGUUCUCUGAUCAAAUGGACAUGGAAGCUUGUGUUCAAUGUCCAGAUGAUCUUCAUCCCAGCAAAGAGAAAAAUCACUGCAUCCCCAAGUAUAUAAGCUACCUCUCUUACCAAGAAGAUCUAGGGAGGGUGUUAGUGAUGCUGGCAAUUUUUUUAACUUUGGUGACACUCCUGGUGCUUGGAAUUUUCAUACAGCACAGGAAGACACCCAUUGUCAAAGCCAACAACCGUAGCCUCACCUAUAUACUUCUCAUCUCCCUCCUGCUUUGCUUCCUGUGUUCACUGCUCUUCAUUGGGAAACCUGCAAAGGUGACCUGUCUUAUUCGACAAGCAACAUUUGGCAUUGUUUUCUCUCUGGCCCUUUCCAGUGUACUGGCCAAAACCAUCACGGUGGUUCUGGCCUUCAUGGCCACCAAACCAGGAUCCAGGAUGCAGAAAUGGGUGGGCAAAAAGAUGUCACAUUCUAUUGUCCUUUUUGGUUCCUUAAUUCAAGCAGCUAUUUGCACUCUUUGGCUCAGUACUUCCCCACCAUUCCCAGAUCAGGAUAUGCACUCAGUGUCUGGGAAAGUUCUUCUGGGAUGCAAUGAAGGGUCAGCUGCCAUGUUUUACUGUGUCAUAGGCUAUAUGGGCUUCCUGGCUGUUAUCAGUCUCACUGUGGCUUUUCUAGCCAGGAAAUUACCCGACAGUUUCAAUGAAGCCAAAUUCAUCACUUUUAGCAUGUUGGUCUUUUGCAGUGUUUGGUUGUCCUUCUUCCCAACUUACCUGAGCAUCAAAGGGAAAUUCAUGGUGGCUGUGGAGAUCUUCUCCAUUUUGUCAUCUAGUGCUGGGUUACUGGGUUGCAUCUUUUCCCCUAAAUGUUAUAUCAUUUUGCUGAGGCCAGGCCUGAACAACAGGGAGCAGUUAAGUAGAAAAGGAUGA